AUGUUGUUCAACAUUCAGGUUAGGAAGAUACAGGAGGUUGUUCAACAUUUGUCUAAUGACACGAACACCCAGGAGGUUGGCAUGGAUUACGCGUACCUAUACCUGGCCAUCAAAGUACUCCGGGUCUCCUUAUCGCUCAUUAACCUAAUUGUGAUUUUAUUCAGUCUAUACUUUGCCAUCACCGGCCGGGAUCUGUUUGGCGAUAAACUGGACACAAAUCAAGUGAUUGUAGUGCUCAUAGCGACCACGGUCAUAUUCAGCGCCGUGUUUGGCAUUAUAAAUGCCUUUUGGUGGGGAAAACUCAAGGAGCACCUCCAUAUCGCCAUAUCCUAUGCCGUGUGUGUGACAGUGAUCAUUAUAUGUGCGGUCAUAACCAGCUUGUUUUUGUCCGAUCUGAGAGGUGCCGACGUUUUGUUGAUUGUGCUUGUUACUAUGUGCUCGAUCCUAUUGUUUGUCAUUUCGUGGAGUUUCGCGUUUUGUGUGUUUAAAGCCAAACGGUUCGCGAAGUUAAGGAAAAAGGCGUUCAAACAGAUCAAGAAAUACAACACUAAUACCAAAACAAGUGACAUUAGUGGUGGUCGACUCUCAAACGGUACCUGGAAUGGGAUCCUAUCGCUAAUUGCAAACCAGGUGGUGCACCCAAAUCAGUCAGCGGACGUUAUAUUGAAAUUGUUUGCCUACCGAGACAUCAAAGACAGUCCAAUAGAUUUCGGCCAGUUUUUCACCUCAAGAAACCGAUUGAGUAUAUUAAGUGUGCCAAUAGUGAGCAGGGCCAAUAUUCUCAACAUAUUCUAUGUGUUCGCAAACUCCAUGUGGACUCUCAUAUUAAUGGCAUUCGUAAUGAAUUCAUUCAUCAAUUCAGUGGUUAUUAAAGACUAUUGGAAUCGUUUGGGAGUUGUCUUCGACUACUUCGGUGUACUCGUCGGCCAAAGCAUUGAUAACAUGAUAUUUGCCGCAAAUAUUUAUAUAUUUCAGAUGCAUAUUAAUAUAUCCAUAGGCUUUUGGUUGGUCACAACAUUCGUGUUAAGACUCAUGUUUACCAGCGAUAUCGAGGCCUCCAUAUCCGCCAAACGGACCUUAUAUUUGGACUCAAUUGAGCAGUUGGUUGAGCGGCCAGACAUCAUACCACUUAUCAAAGCCCAGUCCAAUGCCUACUACAUGAUCGCCAAAGAGUACAAAUCGCUGACCAAAAGGUUUGUGUUCAUCAGCCACUCGGAUAUGUUCAGUGCAAAUGUGAUCAGAAAACUGGUGGAGGAGUCCCACGCACUGGUGGCCAGUGAGCAGUCGCUUCGGCAGGUGAUGGGCCAUCACAACCGCUAUCCCUGGCAUUUGUGCCAAAACAGUAUAUACCCGCAAAUUGUCAACUUUCCCAUGAGAUUCAGCCUAAAACCGCAACUCAAACAUAAAUUAAACCGAUUUGCGAAGAUUGCGGUCAUAACUGUGCCAAUACUGACCAGUAGUGUCAGUAUAUCUCUGUCCGAAACAUUGCAGAUUAGAUACACGAGAGACGUGUGA